CUUCUUCGUACGAAGAGCGGGAAUGCUCGCACGCGAAGGCGCGUACGAGGCGGGAUUGAGACACAUAUAAAUACAUGUAGAUAUCUCACAAUGUUUCGUGGUAAGAAGCUUAUGAAACUUAUUUGAUACUCCCAUAAUUUCCUCUUGAGAUUGAAAACAAUCGUUCUUUACAUAUAGAGAAACCCGUAAUCUCAUGUUGACCUUGUGACUAUAUUGAAAAUGACUAAAGACAUUGUACCAACCCCCGUCUCUGUGUUUUUGGAAAAGGCAAUUAACAAGCCUAAUAAAACCUUUUUGGAUAUUUAUAACGAGAAUGGAAUCCAGAAAUCCUACUCUCAUCUAGAUCUUCUUCAUCGAACCAACACCAUCGCUAGAUUUUUCCAAGAGAAUGUGCCUUCAGGAGUUACUGUUGGUAUUUUCAUGAGACAAGAACUUGACUUUGUGUGUUCGAUUCUUGCCCUAUGGGCGACUGGACAUACAUGUGUCAUUUUCAAUGAAGACUGGGACGCAGAUGUUGCUACCGUUAUUAGCGAGCGUUUGCAUAUAACUUCCUUAGUGUUCAGCGAUCUUUCUGAAAAGUAUCAUCUUCCCGGUGUAAAGUCACUUCAUCUGAGCGCCGUUCCAACGGAUCCUAAUGCCCCUCAAAUUCAAACAGGAUAUGAGCCUGAAAUUGCUAUGAUUAACCAUAGCAGUGGAUCCACCGGUAUCCCCAAAUCUAUUCCUUUUCGAAUCUCGAAAUAUGUACCCGCAGCUGAUUGGGGUAUUCCAGAAUUGGGCCAUGAUCUCAAGACCGCAGUGAUUAUGGCACCUACAUUUGCUCUUACUACAUUAAAUUGGAUGACUUCUUUACUAGACCCAGAAGGCAGUAUCAUGUUUCCUUCUAUGCAUAUUCGUGCACCCGUCCCUGUUAGCUCCAAGACCGAGCAACUUGCAUGGAACUUGCACUAUGCUCUGAAGUACGGUUGCCAACGUAUCUGUCUCUUGCCUAAGCUAGUCCUGCUCAUGUUACAGAUCACCGUCAAAGAAAACGAAUCUUUCCCUGCUUGUAAGAAGGUUAUGGUUGCCGGUGAGAUGAUCCCUCCAAACUUGCGCGAAAACUGUCAGCAUGCUUUGCCAAAUGCUGAAUUCUCUGCAGCCUAUGGGUCCACUGAAACUGGAUUCAGUGGAUUCAUUGCAGAUCUCAAAGAUAGCAGUUUAGUAUAUUUCCCUGGCAAAACCAUUAAGGAGUGCAUGCUUUUGGACGAAAAUAUGAAGCCUGUUCCUCGCGAGGUUGGAAAUAAAGGAUUUGUUUGCACCAUCACUGACGCACAAUCCGAACCCUACGUAGGAGACGACGAGGGUACACAAGCUGCCAACCGCGAGACAUACCUUACUGUAAGCAACCAACCUGCCGUUCGUUUUGCAGACUUAGCAACCUGGGAGCAAAAAGAUGGAAAAUGGGGUAUUUCAAUCAAGGGACGUUUGGGUCGUAUCGUAAAGCGAAAUGGUGUGUUUUAUGACCUAAAUCAUUUGGACAAAAUCGCCAACUCAUUGGAUGUUUUCAAGGAUGCCUUUUCUUUCCUUAUUAGCAAUCGAUUUGUUUUAUGCUACAUCCCCAAGGAAGCCACUCUUACUUCUGAUGAAGCACUUAAUGUGUUGAACAAAGCAUUGAAAUCAACUGUUUGGUUUUCUCAUUGCAUCCCCAUUAAGGAAUUAAUGUAUAACGCCUCAGGUAAAGUUGACUUGAAGGGCUUACAGUCUUUUGUACAAGACCGUAUGUCUGAAGAGGACAACAAAUUGCCCAACCUUACUGAUCCAUUAGCCAUCGAAAUCAGCAAAAUUUCUACCAGAGUUUUGGGUAACAAGUCAUUGGAAGGAAAAGAAGUUUUGUUCCAAGCACAUGGAUUGGAUUCUAUCAAGGCAGUACAAUUCUCUUCUUUGCUGAAAAAAGAACUGAACUGCGAGAUGUCUGUCACAGUUUUAUUGCACCCCAAGUGCUCUCCUAACAGCUUGACUGCCGCUAUUAAGGAAGGCGAUUCUAACGAGUUGUCUGUUUCUGUCAACGAAGUAAGAGCCGAUGCUAUCAAGUUAGCAAACGAAUUAAGCGGUAUUAAACCGUUAGCACCUAUAAAGGAUCCUUGGGUGCUGUUAACCGGUGCAACUGGAUUCCUCGGAAAGCGAUUGUUGAAGUACUUUUUGAACGGGGGUGAAAAGGUCAUUUGUCUUAUUCGUGGAUUGAGCGAUGCAGACGCCGAGAAGAGAAUGUACGGAAUGUGCCCUGAGUUGCAAAAGCAUGCAAAUUCUUUGAUUGUAUGGGCUUCCGAUUUAAAUGACGAGAAUUUGUCCUUGUCAUCUGAAAAAUGGGAAUUUUUGGAGAAAAAUGUUACCAAGAUUAUCCACAAUGGUGCAAUGGUACAUUGGACCAAGACCUAUCAUGACUUAUUGCAGUCCAAUGUGAUGAGUACCAAGACGUUGCUUGAUUUAAGCAUGGUUGGUCCUAAGAAAUUCAUCUUUGUUUCUGGAGGUGGACAGCAAGAGUUGGAUGUGAUAGACCAUAACGCUAAAGGACAAGCUAUGGGCUACACGCUUUCAAAGUUUGCUAGUGAAGUACUUUGUGAAAAAGCCAAAGGAAAGGGAAAUCCUGAAAUCUACGCUAUUCUUCCCGCAUUCAUUUUGGCGAAUGAUGGUGAAAUUCUUGCACGUGACUUUUUCUGGAGAUUUGUGCAGACGUGUGUGCGUAUGAAGAAAUGGCCCACUCGCGCUGAUGGUGGAUCUUUCCCCAUGCGUAUUUCGUCGACGGAAGAGCUUGCUCGUUGUUUGUAUGAAGGAAUAGAGCGUCAACAAUACUUCCCUGAGGAUAAGAAUGGACGCAUUAUGGGAUAUGAUGAAAUCGAUGGUGAUACAAUGAUUGCAUGCUGCGAAGAAAAAUGCGGAAUCAAGUUGCAAAAAGCUCCCUUGUCUGCUUGGAUAGAGCAAGUUGACAAGGACUUGGAAGUGCAAAAAGAAGAUCACCCAUUGUUUGCAUUGAGACAAAUGACGGAAGGAGCCAUCCAAAUGGGAUUAUUGGAUGAUGGUGCAAGCGCCGGAAAACAGAAGAAUUCUUUGACUGUUGAUGCUUUCAAGAGUGGACUCGAACAACUUGAAGCGUAAAGAGGGAAAACAUAAACGACAAGAAAAAUGGAUUCAAAUAAUAAAAAAUAGAAAUAGAAUACGACGAAAAUGAUAGAUAAUACUUAAUAGACGAUUUAGAAUAGAAUUCUUUCCUUUUGAGAAGUAACAAUAAAUGAAUGUUACCUAUGACAAG